AUGGCGCCUCCGGGAAGAAAAUGGUCUCAGAGAGCCAAAGUCUUGUCGACAGACUCCUCAGAGACAUCGCCGCUUUUGGAAGUUCAAUUCACAACCGAAUUCAGCGACAUGGCAAACCCUAAUCCAAAGUCCCCAAGCGUGCCUGUCUCUGAACAGCACAAGCAGUAUGAUGCCGGCGUAGCAAUAAGCUCCAACGAAUCUGCCGAGUACGACGACGACGAUGACAACAGCAACAAGGGCAACCCGUUUCUUGACCCUGAUGUUGCCGAGUAUUGGCGGUUUACAUAUGAAAAAUCGCAAUAUGAAUGUCGACAUGUGUUUGACCCGACACUGACAUGGUCUGAAGAAGAGGAGAAACGCAUUAUCCGAAAGCUUGACUGGAGGGUCUGUCUGUGGGCUUGUGUCAUGUUCUUUGGACUGCAGGUCGAUCGAAGCAACCUCACCCAAGCGGUCUCCGGUACGUUUCUGCACGAUCUCAAAUUGAAUACCAAUGAUUAUAACUGGGGCAACACGGUCUUCAAGGUCUCGUUCCUGCUGGCUGAACUGCCUUCGCAGCUAGUUUCUAAGAAGAUCGGACCGGAUCGAUGGAUUCCCAUGCAGAUUGCUUUGUGGUCUAUCGUUGCCAUCUGUCAGUGUGCCAUCACCGACAGAGGCUCGUUUCUAGCUACGAGGGCUUUGCUCGGCAUCCUUGAGGGCGGCUUCAUUCCAGAUAUAGUUCUUUGGCUGUCUUACUUUUAUACAUCUAGAGAACUACCCAUCCGCCUGAGCUUUUUCUGGGCAACCUUAUCUGUGACGUCGAUUGUCACUUCUCUACUAGCCUUUGCCAUUUUCCAUCUCAAUGGUGUUCACGGCUUGGCCGGCUGGCGUUGGCUGUUCCUUAUUGAAGGCGUGAUAACCCUCGCCAUCGGACUAGGAUCCUUCUUCAUGAUGCCCGCCUCAGCAGUGCAGACCAAGACCUGGUUCCGACCAAAAGGAUGGUUCAACGAUCGCGAGCUGGCGAUUGUCGUCAACCGUGUCCUACGCGAUGACCCGUCCAAAGGCGACAUGCAUAACAGGCAAGCAAUAACGCCCACCCGGCUCUGGAACGCAGCAACAGACUAUCAUCUCUGGCCAGUUUAUCUCAUUGGAUUCUUGGCAUAUAUUCCUCAGACUCCGCCCAGUACAUAUCUGACAUUGACCUUACGUUCGGUGGGCUUCAGCACAUUCAAUACGAAUCUUCUCACCAUCCCGUCGACAAUCGUUGUCGGAUGGACAUCACGGAACUCCAACAAUGUCGGUACGCGAUCUGUAUCAGCUGCAUUAUACAAUAUGGCCGUCCAACUCGGCAGCAUUGUCGCCAACUUCAUAUACCGCGACGACGACAGGCCAAUGUAUCAUCGCGGCAACACUGAUUUGAUCGCAAUCAAUAUUGUCGUUAUCUUCAUUUUCCUGGGAACCAAGGUCUAUUACCUCUACCAGAACCGACGGAGAGAUCGCAUCUGGAAUACUAUGACGGAGGGGGAGCGGAGUGACUAUAUUAAAUAUACCAAAGUGCAAGGGAGUAGGAGAUUGGAUUUCAGGUUUGCGCACUGA